AUGUUCGAUUAUUUAUCUCGUUCUGAUAUAACACGUAUUCGAUGUCAAGCACACGUUUUGCAUCUUAUUGUGUGCAAUGGUCUUGGUCUCUGGAUGGAGACAAAAAAAAAGAAAAACGUUACAACGAAUGAAACAAACUUACUCGAUUCUGAAAUACGGCUUAGUCAUUCUUUAAAGAAAAUCAAUAUAAUUGAUGAUGAACAAUUAAUUGUUGAAGUAAGUGAUAUUGAAAAUGAUCGUGAACUUACUGAACCAGAUAAUGAAAAUGAAGAUUCAAAUGAUGAAGAAGAUAAUAGUAUUGCUGAAGGUGAUAGUGGUGGUAAUUCUUUAGAUGAAUAUGAAUCAAUUUCAGAAAAUAGUGAAUGCGAUAGUGAACAUUCAGCUGAAGCCUUGAAGGAUAAUUUUGAAGUUGAAGUUGACAUAAACUCCAAUGAUAGUUCUGAUUCAUCAUCAACACAACUUGAUACACAUAUUUCUUUAAUUGUCGAAAAGAGUCGGCAGCUUAUUGGUCUGAUAAAAGAUUCUUCAAUUUUAUCAUCAUUUAUAAAUAGAAAAGCUAAUGAAUAUAAUCAAUACAGUAAUAGUAAAAUUAAACGUUCGUUAAUAUUGGAUGUAGGUACUCGUUGGAAUUCAAGUUAUAAAAUGUUGUACACAUUGAAUUUGUAUCGGCCAAUAAUCAUUGAAUUAUUUCAAAAUAAAACAAAUUUGGAUAUAACAAAAAAAAAACAACAACAUUUAACUUCAUUGGAAUUUACAAGUGAUUGUUGGUAUACAAUUGAAUUAUUAAUUAAAAUAUUAAAGCCGUUUUAUAGAGCUACUAGAGCCAUUAGUGGUAGUGAUUAUCCGACGAUAGGCAUUACAUUUUAUAUUUUUCAUCGUCUUGAAAAAGAUUUCUUAUCAAAAAUUAUUCCAACAGAUGAUCCAUUAUUUAAUAAUAUGAAAAAAAGUUUAUUAAGUAAAAUGAUUUAUUAUACUAUGGUGCAAGAUCCAUUGCAAACAAAAACAAUUAUGUUCUAUGGGUACUUUGAUCCAUAUGCUAUAUCAGUUAUGACAAAUACUGAAAUUAAUACACUAGAAAAUGAAAUAAAAUAUAUAAUUCGUCAUAAAACAUCAAAUAGUUCAACACAAGCAUCAUCAACAACAUCUUCAAAUACAACUGGAUUAUCAAGAACAGAAAAAAAUUUUAAGAAAUCGUUACUCAAUUAUUUUGUUGAUUCAUUAGCUGAUGAAGAUAGUCAACAGGUCAAAAAACAAUCUUCAACAUCAAAAAAAUUAUUAAGUGAUGAAUUUAAAACAUACAAGAAAUUAGCUGGCGAUUAUGUAUCAACAUCACCUGAUUCAUAUAAUCCUGUACAAUUUUGGAAGGAAAACAAAUCAUUGUUACCUAAUUUGACACCACUUGCACAAAAAUAUUUAGCUUCUCCCAGUACAAGUACAAAAUCUGAAUCAGCAUUUAGCAUAUCUGCUUAUUAUGGACGUAAACAACGAGCUCGACUUUCUUCAGAAAAUCUUGGCGUUUAA